UUUUAAAUCCCCCCUUCUUUCUCUCUCUCCUUCUCUCUAGAACUAAAGAGCCGUUAGAGAGAAAGCAAAGAAAUACACAGACCAUAUUCACACACAGAAGGAGAGACAAACACAAACAAUGGCGACAAAUAUCGGCAUGAUGGAUUCGGCUUACUUUGUUGGUAGAUCGGAGAUUCUCUCUUGGAUCAACUCCACUCUUCGACUCAACCUCUCCAAAGUCGAAGAGGCAUGUUCCGGUGCGGUUCAUUGCCAACUGAUGGAUGCGGUUCAUCCAGGGAUGGUCCCCAUGCACAAAGUCAACUUUGAUGCCAAGAACGAGUACGAGAUGAUUCAAAACUACAAGGUCCUUCAAGAUGUCUUCAACAAGCUUAAGAUCACCAAGCAUAUUGAGGUGAGCAAGCUGGUUAAAGGAAGGCCGCUUGAUAACUUGGAAUUCAUGCAGUGGAUGAAGAGGUACUGCGACUCUCUUAACGGAGGCCUUAUGCAUAGUUAUAACCCAUUGGAAAGGAGAGAAGCUAGCAAAGGAGGGAAGGAAGUAAGCAAGAAAUCUGCAGCAUCACACUCUACAGCCAAAGGUUCGACAGCGGCUUCAAAAGCUCAGUCCUCACACAAUGCAAGAAGGAAUGAUGCAUCCUCUGCAAACCCUACAAAUCAAGCAAUUAAGGCUUCAAAACCUUCUGUUGCAGUGCCAGCAUAUGAUGAACAGAUCACAGAGUUGAAGCUGUCAGUGGAUAGCCUUGAGAAAGAGAGGGACUUCUACUUUGCAAAGUUGAGAGAUAUCGAAAUUUUGUGUCAGAGUCCUGAGUUUGAACGCUUGCCUAUUGUAUUAGCAAUUCAAAGGAUUCUGUAUGCUACAGAUGAUGAUGCAUCGGUGGUGGCAGAUGCUCAAGCCAUGUUGUCUCAGCAAGAGAAGGAAGCAGAACCAUUGAGUCCCAUUGCCGAGGCAUCAGAAGAGAAAGCAAGUUCAGAUACUCAGAAGAGGAAAAACAUUGUGAAUCUUGAUGUUGAUGCUGUUGGCAUCUCAAACUUGUCUCCAAGGCAACGGCUUUCUGAUGUUUCUGAUGUCCAUUGCAGUGGGUCACCUCUUAUGACCUACUGAUGAACUCAAAUUUUAGGGAUUAAAAACGCAGUUUUACCUACAAUAUCAUGCUUUUGAUCUUAGGGAAUAUUUCUAUUAGAGAGUAUGCUUCUUAUACAAUAGUGUAAAACCUUUCAAUAAAAUUCUGUAUGUACUUCUGCUUUUCUAUUAUUGUGUUUGAUUUGUAAAAUUUUUUGAGAACUCCAACUCUCCGGUGCUGAUUUUCAGUUUCUGGUCCAUUUUUCAUGCUCUAUCUGACAUUGGUUUUUAGUUAUAGUUGGAGAAUUUAAUA